AGUCUACUUUCAUUUACGGCACCAGUUAACAUCGAACCUUUGGCGGGCAAGCGCGAAAUCAGCCGCAACAUGGCAUGUUUACGUUUAUUGAUAUAAAUAAAAAUAAACAUUGAAGAACAUGUGGGUUGAUGUGAGCGGUCGCGAACGACAGAGCUAUAUGAGGCAAACCAACGGUUCCUUUAUACCCGGAUAUACCGGACAUUGUCCUAUGUUAAAAUUUCGCUUCGGCAAAUGCUACGGUGACAAUACAAGACAAAUUCUACGGGAAAUACGCUCAAAAGGAUUAUUCAACAAGCCUUUAGAGUAUCGGCCGGGAGACAACUACGAGCUGGAGAAUAUGCCGCGUCACCGCAACCCUCAAGAGGACGUGUACGACGGGCUGCACAACCGACAGACGGCAUACAUGACCGGCUACACGGGAUACGUGCCCGGUAUGAACUUCAGAUAUGGCAAAUCCUAUGGCCGUUCGGCCGACGAUUGUAUGGCGGACUUCACAGAAAGACAGAGGGAGAUGAGACGCAAGACAGAUUUGAACAAAACCUAUGCCAGGUCACGGAGUGCUCCCAAAAUGGAAACCAUUCACUCUAGAGACGAAAUAAGACGUGAUCUUAGCAGAUUUAGAGAAAUCAAUAAAUACAAAGAUAAUACAAUAUCACCAGAAUUCCCACCAAUCGCUGGAUACACCGGCCAUAUCCCACGCAUUAAAGGAACCGAGGCGUCCCUUAGCCAACGGUAUCACUGCGCAGCCAAACGUGGUUUGGAACUUAUUAAAAUGGAGAAAGAGAAAAGGAAAGAGUUGCAAAAUGCCAAUACUAAUAUUAGAUCCAUCUUAAAAGACCACGAAAAGAAAUACUCCUAUUGGAAUUGGGGAUAGCAUACAGGCAGAAGGAUGUUCUUUACUAAAUGUAGAUGAGCAUUCUUCUUUAAAACCAAACUAAGUACAUGCAAUUUUAGAAUCUGAGUGGCCAGUGUGAACGUGAGGACCAUAGAUUUAUUAUUAUAAUAAGAACGACUGCGUUCGCGUUUGUAUUUAGAAUUUGUACUCAGCUGCGCCUCUAGCGGAUGGUUUCCGAAACUCUGAUAUCCAUAUAAAAUAUAGUAUGACGUUCUACAAACGUAAACGCAAUUGUAAAUCUUCAACACACAUUAGCCACUCAGUGCAAUCAGACGGAGUGGCAGCGAUGAAUAAUGUGACCUACACAGGAAUUUAUAAAAAAAGAAAAUACAUCGCAAGCUAUAUGUAUAUGUGUUCAGACAGACAUCGAGGGGAAUUGUUUUAUAAUAUGGAGACAAUCGUGUUCAGUUACGAGCUUCUAAGACUUUUACAAAUUACAGUAGUAUUUUCAAAACUAGCUUAAAUAGAUUGUUUAAUGAAAAGAAAUGAGACUUCAUUUCGUUAGUCGUGACCUUUAACAAAUCAGUAUUUAAAUGUUUAUUAUCCAUAACAGAAGUUAGAACAUUGCAAUUUAUGACCAAUUAUUACUACAUUAUAUGAUUUGUUGAUUAUUGAUGAAUAAAAAGUAUUCAUGCCUGAAUCUGAGAAUUAAAUUUCAUUCUAAUAAUUUUUACUCAAAGAGACUUGUUUACAAGCACUUUUAAAUAGUAUUUUUUUUUAAUAUACUACUGGGUUCGAAAAGUCGUUAUUACAAAACGCUUCAACUGUAUAAGAGUAAGGUAGAGUAACAAAUAACAAAAAAACCUUUAAAUAAAAAUCAUUUAUAAUAUUAAUACCUAGGAUAAAUUGCAAUGUUUUAAAUAAGGAAUUGGAAUUGUUAAAAUAUUGAUAAUAGUUAAAAACUUAUUUAGUUUAUUUUUUUACAUUGAUUUGGAUGUAAUUUAAUAAAUCGUUAUAACAAGAGAAAUAUAGUAAAUAUAGAUAGUAAGUAACGUAAUACGUAGUUAUUUAUUGUGUUUAUUUGUUAAUCAUAUCCGCCUUUAAACGUCCACUGCUGAACACAAGCCUCCCCCUCUUAGGAAGUUUUAUUAGUAGUUGCCACGCUGUUCAGACGGAUUGAUAAACGCAGUUAGGCUUUGUAUAUAUUUUAAGAGGGAUGCUGCUGCUAUCCUUCGCCCUCCCUUAGUCACCCACUCUUACGACACCCACGGGAAAGGAAGGGGUGGCCUAUUCUAUGCUGGGACCAUACAUCUUUUUGCUAAUAGUAGUAAUUAAUAAUAGUAGAUGGUUUCGGGCUGUUCCUUAUAGCUUAGUCUGUAGGAAGGUCUAUGUCCAGCAGUGGACAAUUAACGACUGAUAUGAUAAUUUGCUAAUAAACUUAAUUAUUAAGAAUUAUAUGUAUGUAGAUAAUUGUUGUCUUCGUGUAGUUAUCGAAAUAAGUACGUUAUCGUUCACUUAAAAUGGGUUUGAUCGUGAAGAAAAAAAACAAAUCGACGAAACAAUGAAAUAGUUCAUUAUACGUUACAUUCGAAUUGCAAAACACAAUUGCAAAAUUGUAGUUCUUGCUUCACAACAAGCAGUUUUUUCUUCGCAAAGAAAUGAGGUUCAGUUUUGAUACAAAUUAAUAUGAAGCCAACACGCGAAUCGAGUAAAUCCGGUCGAUUGUUAAAAAAAAAUUUCAAUCGACGCCCCUGGUUUUGUAGGCGUCCAUAGACCGUUUACCAUCAGACGGGCUGCAUAUUUAUUUGUCAUCUUCGUAGACUUUGUACAAAAGUCGAUUGCUUGGGUACCUCUGUCCCAUUCGUGUUUCAACCGUGAAGCAGUUGUGUUUGAAUGGCUAUGUUUCGAUUUGAAGGGUGGGAUAUGGCGUGAAUUUACUGGGUACAGAGGAACAACACCUGAGUCCUCAGGAAUGGCAACGUAUGGGGGGUAUCAUGGGCGAAACAGUAUGCUCUGUUAUGUCCAUGGUACUACUCAUGUCUAUAGGCGAUGGUUAUCACUUUCCAUCAGGUGGGCCGUCAGCUUGUUUGCCAUUCUAAGUUGUAUAAAAAAAAAGUAAAUCAUAAUCCGUUCAGUAUUAGUAAUGUAAUCCUUUAUUAUAAGUUACAAAAACCUGAGACGAUUUGAGAAUCACUUUCUUUUAGAAAAAUCAAUUAAAUUGACCAAUUCUUUAUGACAUAUGAAGAUAAAACAUAUAUAAUAAAUUUUAAGUUUUUUUUUUUAUACCACUGAGGUGGCAAACAAGCAUACGGUCAACCUAAUGGUAUGCGGUUACCAUAACCUAUGAACACAUUUUUUACUAUUUUGGCGCUUACUGCGCGGUUUUUUCAAAAGGUAACGCAUAAUAUAUCGUAAUGCAUACAAU